GGGCGGGGCCUCGGCGGCGAGGGAGGCGCGGGCGACAUGCUGCUCUUCUGCCCGGCCUGCGGGAACGUCCUGGUGGCCGAGGAGGGCGCGCGCUGCCACCGCUUCGCCUGCACCACGUGCCCCUACGUGCGCAACGUCACGCGCAAGGUGACGAGCCGGCGCUACCCGAAGCUCAAGGAGGUGGACGACGUGCUCGGCGGGGCCGCCGCCUGGGAGAACGUGGACUCCACCGCAGAGCCGUGCCCAAAGUGCGAGCACCCGCGGGCCUACUUCAUGCAGCUGCAGACGCGCUCGGCCGACGAGCCCAUGACCACCUUCUACAAGUGCUGCAGCGCCCAGUGCGGACACCGCUGGAGGGACUGAGGCCGCAGUGGAGCUGACUGGGCAACUGGGUUGCGGGCGUCUGCUACUCUGUACAUAAUAAAUAGCAUGCCUGAGAAAGGGCUGCAGCU